CUGCCCUUAAUGCUAGGCGGGUACAAUGUACAGGCGCUCCCCUACCUUGCCUAAUCCCCGUUAUUUAGGGAGUUCUCAGACUGCCACAGGCUUCGCACGGUUCGCUCAAACGGUGGGAAUUCUACUGAGUCUUGUGAAUGAGAUUAAACUCCCGAUUGCUAUAGCUCGUUCUUUAGGAAUACGCGCUAUUGAGCAUUUUUGUUUUGUUUGUCAGUUAAAUACGGCGUGACAAGCAAUAAAACAGGUCGCUUUCAAGCGUCCCGUAUUUUUCACCCGAAGACAAAAAUCACGCCGUGGAAUUAAUGGAGAUUGUGCUAAAUAAAUCAUCACAUUCCUUGAGGCGCGACUUUGUUUGUCUCGUACGGGAUAAUAUCUCCUAUGGCGUGAGUGCUGUUCCGAGUCGAUUUUAUCGUAAAGGACCGUGAUAUCGCCCUUCUGAGAAGAACAGUGGAACACACUUCAUCCCUCCCGAACAAACUCGUUUUAUAGAAGUUUGGAAAGUUUGGAGUUCCCCCUCCUCACAGCAAACUGGAUCUAAGAUGAAAAGCCACUGGUUUGCUCUUGCGGGGUUAUGGUGGAGCUCUUGUUGCAUGAUUCUUAUUGCAGGUAGCAAUUAUUUAUUUGAUAGCAAUAACGAGGUUCAUUCGAGCCCCAUGCAUCCGCGGUUAUGGACUCGCGAAAAGAAGGAGAUGCAAAAAGAAAUACUGUCCAUCCUUGGACUUCCGCACAGACCAAGACCGCAUCAAUGGAACGGCAAGUACAACUCAGCACCACUUUUCAUGCUGGACCUGUACAACACAAUAAACAGCGAGAAGGAAAAUGAAGUGGAUGGAAUUUUAGACCAAUAUAAGUCGAUGUUUACCACGCAAGGGCCCCCUUUACCCACAUUUCAAGACAAUGCCUAUUUGAAUGACGCCGACAUGGUGAUGAGCUUUGUGAAUUUAGUGGAGUAUGACCGGGAGUUGUCUCCACACAGAAGACACCAUAAGGAGUUCAAGUUCAACUUGUCUCAGAUUCCAGAAGGAGAGGCAGUUACGGCAGCAGAGUUCAGGAUCUACAAGGAAUGUGUGAGCAGUGCUUUCCGCAAUGAAACAUUCCUACUGAGUGUCUUCCAGGUGGUGGGGGAUCAUCCAGACAGAGAUGCAGACCUGUUUCUCUUGGAGUCCCGCCAGUUGUGGGCAACAGAAGAAGGCUGGCUGGAGUUUGACAUCACAGCCACCAGUAAUCUGUGGAUAAUGAGCCCCAACCACAACCUGGGUCUGCAGAUCAGCGUAGAAACCAGCAGUGGCCAGAACUUUAGUCCUAGAGAGGCAGGACUGGUGGGCUGGAGUGGAGCACUGGAGAGGCAGCCCUUCAUGGUGGCCUUCUUCAAGGUGAGCGAGGUCCACAUCCGCACAGCCCGAUCCACCGGGAAACGCCGGCAACAGAGCCGCAAUCGCUCCACUCAUCCACAGGAGGUGCCAAAAGGACCAGGACACACAGAUUAUAACAGCAGUGAUCAGAAGACUGCAUGCAAAAAGCACGAGCUGUAUGUUAGCUUCAGAGAGUUGGGCUGGCAGGACUGGAUCAUUGCGCCCGAAGGCUACGCCGCUAACUACUGUGAUGGAGAGUGUUCGUUCCCGCUAAACGCUCACAUGAACGCUACCAACCACGCCAUUGUACAGACACUGGUCCACCUGAUGAACCCGGAGAACGUGCCGAAGCCGUGCUGCGCUCCCACCAAGCUGCACGCCAUAUCCGUGCUCUACUUCGACGACAACUCCAACGUCAUCCUGAAGAAGUACAAGAACAUGGUGGUGCGCGCGUGCGGUUGCCACUGACGGCGAAGACGCUGCGCCAGUUACCCCCCCCCCCCACACCACCACCACCACCACCACCACCCCCCGCCCAGCGGCUGCAGCAGUGUGCGCGUGUGAGAAGUAACAAAGGGAAGUGCAGUGCGUAACAAAGUGUCCGAGGUAUGCAAGUCUGAAUGCUGUCGCGCGCGUGCACGUCGUCCUCCUCAACCUGGCCAUACUGGAUGCGGGACUGUUAAGGACUGUGUGAGGAAUGUGCUGCUCUCCCUCUCGUUCACACACAGUCCGCUCUCAUGUGCCACCUCCUACCCCUGCUAACUCUGGAAGCUAUGGACACCGAGACCUGAAUAUAGACAGUGCCCAAAACGUUGAAAUGUCACAGAAACAUAUUACCCAAAAUACAUUCUAUAUUUUAUAAAGGUAUUUAUUCUGUAUUUGACUAACCAAAGCUUAAUAUCGCAGACUGUCGAAUUCUAAUAACAUCCUGAUUCAUUCACAUAAAUCUGGAGACAUUUGGUCUUCCCUGUUCUCGAUCACCUGUCCACCCAUCCAAAAGUGAAACAACUGAACUUGGUUGAACUAUUUUAGGUCUUAAUAAAACAACUUAUUUUUAUUCUCUCAAUA